AUGACAGCAUGGCAUUUUACGGGGCCUCCGGGCGGAAUGGUGGACGAUCUUGGAUUCGAGUGCCCUUGGUACAGCAAUGAUCGACGAGACUUAGCAGCGAUGGAUGAGUGUCGCGAAAUGGAACAAGCAAAGCGGGAUUACGCCAGGUUCUGGGCCGACUACUUCCCCGUUCUCGUGCGCCGAAGGAGACGUUGGGAGAGGUCUGAUCCGCGCCGUAACCCCCACACAUUGCAACGCUUUGUGUACAAAGGGAUUCCGGCGCCAUUGAGGAAAGAGAUUUGGAUGAGAAACUGCGCACCUCGCGGACCGCCAGAAGUCACCACAGUUCUACCAAGCACAGUGGAAGCGAUAAAGCUCGACCUCCCGAGGACUUUUCCAAACAAUAGAUAUCUACAAGUGGAAAGAAAUCGCAAUGUACUCGGGAGGAUGCUGUACUGCCUUGCCCAACAUCUCCCGUCUGUAGGAUACUGUCAGGGUCUGAACUUUGUGGCUGCGGUGAUCCUGCUGGUGGUGAAAGACGAGUCAAAAGCAUCAGAUCUUCUCAUUCAAAUGGUAAGGAGAAGACAGGAUUACUACGGUGAUACGAUGUCGGGUUUGAAAAAAGACACGAAGCUUUUGGAAAAAAUCCUUGCGAGAGAAUGCCCACAGGUGGCCAAGGUACUGAAGAAUCUCGAUGUUGGACUGGAUCUGGUUAUUGGAAAAUGGCUGCUGUGUAUGUUUGUCGAGACUUUACCUUUAGAACGGAUAUGUAGCAUUGUUGGAAAUGGUAAUGUGUUUCAAGGAAAACCUUACAAAUCUUAUUUAUCCGUAUACUUGGAUGCUCCACCUUCACUGAUCGUGUGCUCAGUUCUUCGCAUAUGGGACUGCAUGAUCUACGACGGAAAUGACGUUUGGUUGUUUCGAGUCACACUUUCCCUCAUUCGAGCCAACCAGAAAAAGAUUGGAGCCGCCCGUUCACUUGACCAACUUAUUCUUGCUUUUCGAAGUGUUGGUCAAUGUCGACUAGCACUUUAUUGUCAUCAACUAAUUGAGCAUGCAAAAUCAGAACGGGUGUCGCAAAAAAUGAUUGACGAGUUACGACUGACUUGCGAAAUGGAAGCUACUUGA